CCAAUUGGAAUCGCAUCGAUUGUCAUCGGGGUUAUAUUAUUUGUGAUCGCCAUCUUAGGUUUUGUUGGCAUCUGCUGUCAUGUCAAAGCAGUGCUCAUUGUCGUGAGUUUAGUCGGUGUUAUUUGCUGGAUAGAAUUUACCUGCGUUGAUGCUUUAGUGAUGGAAGCAAGAAAAAAAUUCAAGCUCACGAUAGACGUGACCGGAAUGAAUAAAUGUCUGUACGCAUGUAUUGUUGGUCUCAUUGCUUUGGCACAUUUCAUCUUGAUAAUUAUACACUUCUCGGACGAAGACCGGUGUCUAAGGAGAAUCAGUAGAAAUAUACAUUACCUGGUGAAAGGCUACAAAUCAAUCGAAAGUGGUGAAAUAUUCAGUGUCACGUUUGGAAUGAUAAUGACAAUGGCGCAAUCUCCGGGUUUCCACCAAACUUAUGUUCUACUUGAACCCAAAUUGGACUAUUUUCGAGAAAUACACUCAUUUGCAAAUCAAUUUGAUUUUGCGAUAGACUCACCUGGAACCCAGGCAACUGAAUAUGCUUCACCAGACCGCCUCCCGUUCCAGUUGCUACGAUAUUCGAGAUAUCGUGAUAAAUGUGCAUUCUUAAUAGUGCAGCACAUUCAGUUGACUGGAAACAUCACAGACAAGAGAUUCGGCUCGGUUUCAGCAAUCCAGUUUCCUGCGCCAUGCUGCAAGAAAGGAUACGUCGGAGAGGGUGCACAAAAUUGUCCUCAAAUGUUCACGGAAUUAAACAGCAACUAUCUCAGAGGUUGUAACGAGGUACUGUAUUAUAGUCUGAAGAAACCGAUCACAAUCACAGCUCUUGCGUCCUUGGUGAUCCCCAUUGUC